GCUGGUUUGAUGCAACAUCCUGUGGGGAAGCAUCGCGGCAAGCGCGCAUUCAGAACACAAAGUCAGUGCCCUGCAGAUGGUGCUUUCUUGCCUUUCCCUCUCCGCCUCAUUCGUUCUAGUGGGAGUGCAGGGGCAGCAUCUCCGAAUCUAACAGUUUAAGAACAUCAAUCCAAAACAAGAGGACACGGACUCUGACUGCCAAGUGUUAAUUGUUUCGUCCGCUGGUUACCGCAGUCUUGAGUAGAGCGGUCCCGGGAAGCUUUAUUUGUCAGCGUGCACUUCAAUUUCCCUGAAUAUUUCCGCCGAGCCAAGCUGUCAAAUAAAGCUGACAUUAACAAGAGAGCACUCGCUAUUACGCUCAUAACCUCGGAGCUUAAUCACGGAUAGCACCGGACGGAUAGCGGUGUUGGAUGUCUAUCGCAUGACAGGACUUCGCUAAUAUCACAACACCUUGCUGCAGGAUUUGCACUUCGUUGUGCUGUGCUUACCUAUUAAGAAUGGGGAUCACCGUGGUUUUUGUCCUGUGCGUCCUCACCAUGCCGGUUUUCGGAGCCGGCGACGCGAUCGCUAAACCCAGGAGUUGUGCGGAUGUCAAGCAGUUCUACGCUGGCAAGGGUUUCAAUGUUGCCGGACUUCCACAGAGCGAAAUCUCCGGUGAGCACUUGCGUAUCUGCCCUCAGGGCUACACCUGCUGCACCAGUGAGAUGGAGGAGAAGCUGUCCAACCUGAGUCGCGUGGACUUCGAGCGUCUGGUGAAGGAGGAGGGACGCUCACUGCAGAUCACCCUGAACACCCAGUACAAGAGCUUCGACAGUUACGUGCUGGAGCUGAUUAACCGCUCGGAGAGCACGCUGGCCCAGACGCUGGGUCCGCAGUACCAGCCUAACCUGCGCGUGCUGCAGGACCUGUUCAGCGAGCUGCGCCGAUACUACCGCGGCGCCAACGUCAACCUGGAGGAGGCUCUCAACGAGUUCUGGGUCAAGCUGCUGGAGCGCCUGUUCAAGGCGGCCAACCCGAAGUACACGCUGACCGACGACUACCUGGAGUGCGUCACCAAGCAGUCGGAGACGCUGCGACCGUUCGGCGAGACGCCACGCGACGCCCAGCAGAAAGUCACACGCGCCUUCGUGGCCCUGCGCACCUUCAUCCAGGGCCUAGUGACCGGCGGGGAGGUCACCCGCAAAGUCUCCCAGGUGAGAGCCACACCUGUGUUCCAGGCCUGUGGGCAACCCAGUGAGAAUGGAGAUGCCAGCGCUGACCCCGCGGAGAGGACCCUGCCCACGGUGGAGAAGCCCAGCACCACCACCUCGCCCACUAGCGAGAAACUGGUCAACGACGUGUCGGACAAAGUGAGAGCCAUGAUGGAGCACUGGGUGAUCCUUCCUAGCAGGCUGUGCGCGGACCGUGUGGCCUCCGGGACGUCCGCCGAGGACAGCUGCUGGAACGGCUCGAGCCGGGGCAGGUACCUGCCAGAGAUGAUGGGUGAUGGCCUGGCCAGCCAGAUUAAUAACCCUGAGGUGGAGAUUGACAUCACCAAGCCAGACAUGACCAUUCGCCAGCAGAUCAUGCAGCUGAAGAUCAUGACCAACCGCCUGAAGAACGCCCUCAAUGGCAACGACGUCGACUUCCAGGACACCAGUGAUGACAUGAGUGGCUCAGGCAGCGGGGUGUGUAGUGACGAGUCGUGUGUCCCCAUCCCUGAGAUCCCCAUGACCAAGACAGUCCAGCCCAAAGAAGCGGCCCCGUUCGAUGAACGCGUGCGGGGCGCAGCCACCCUCAACCUGCCUUGCGUCGCACUCACCUGCCUGCUCUCAUUGGUCACGCUGCUGCUUAGGCGAUAAUUGGCAGACAUCUCCACCAAUGGGGGGACUGAGGUUGGGGGGAAAGGGAGGAUGAAUGAGGGGGAGGGAGGAAAGGGCUGGGUUAGUUACUUUGCCAAAAAAUACAUUGAAAACAAACAAAAAAGGUAACAAAAUGAAUGGACUCCUUUUUGUCCCCGAUCAAGAACAAAAAGGAAUAUCGUUAGGAUUUCUUUUUUUGUUCUUUCUUCGUCUUCUUUUUUUUUCUAAAUAUGGCACGACUAGAGCUGGUCUUUUUGGUGGUCUUUUUGUUUCUGGUGUUUGGGUUCCUUGAGGGGGAAAAAAAAACAACAAAUCUGUACUUAGAAAUGUUCAUCAAAACCUUUAGAAAUAGAUCUCUGUAUACUUAAACCAAGUAACCACACCAUGGGAGAGCUUCUUUGUAGUGCUGAGCCAAAUUUUCGUUUUUGUGUGGGGUUUUUUUGCUCCUCAAUAAUACAGGCUUUAAGAUUGUUUAUUUAUUAGUUUUUAAAAAGGGAGAACAGCAGAGUUCUACAUCCAAAGCCUUUUUUUCCUAUUCCUUUAAAAUUGUGAUUGUAAGAGUGCAGGCCCUUAAAAUUCACCCAGAAAAUCUAGUCUUCUGAGGAGGCCCAAAUUGACCAUUAUAAUUUGACUCAUCAGUCCACUCGGGCUUCUUAAAGCAGACAACUUUGGACUGUAAGCACAUUUUCCUUGUCGGUAUCUUCAGGUCCACUUGAUGUGGGCAGUCAGAGUACAUCCAAAUGAUACACACUUUGGAGAAUGUGUGUGAAUCCUGAAGAGUGCAGUCCUGAAUUUUGGGGACAUUUUGGAUUGAAAACCUAAAUUUUAGCUCAGCGCUAUCAGUGAGCAGAUAGAAGAACAGGCACGGAUGUGGUUGUCUCGUGUGUAAAACACGCUCGCACCAUCUGACAAGCUGAAAAGCUUAAAAUGUGUGCCGUUCUCUCAAGAUUGGUUUGUUUUCUCAAGGCUGAGAGCGACGCGUUUGUGUGUGUGUGUGUGUUUGUGUGUCAGUGUGCAUAUAUGUAUGUGUUUGUGCAUGCACACAUGCGUGUAUGUGUGUGUGCCUGUGUAUGUGUGUGUGUGUGAGAGAGAGAGUUUGUCUCGUCCAGAAGCUCUAGGUUUGUGCAGCUGAGGGAGCUGGGGACCCAAGUGUUGAGAGCUCUGUAGGCCAGUUCAAAGACCAUCAGUAGGCCAGGACAGAACCGCAAAUGGAACACACAGAACAGGAACACUGUCCCAGCUCAGCGAACCCCCCAGUGGAGGCAGGAGAACGCACUGCACUGUAGAACCACUUCUUACAACAACAAGAAAAAAACAAUGUGUAAAUGCUUCUGAUUUGCUUUUUCUGAGUUAGAUAAAUUAGGGAUUAUAAAUAUGUGAUGACAAAAUGAAAUCUGUAUUUCUCUCUUUCUCGCUCGCUCGCUCUCUCUCUCUCUUUUUCUCUUUUUUUGUUUUGCUUCCCAUUCUUUGUAACAUUCUCCUGUGUGAUGCCAAAAUGCAAACUUGGUCUCCCUGAUAAUUCACAGGCAUGCACGCCACAAUGUUUGAAAAACUAUACUGCAAUGUGAGAAUGUUUUUGUACUAGUUUGUUGCAGAGAGUCUGUCAGUGGAACUGAUGCAAGACAGGAUGGGAAAGGGAUAUGUGUGUGUGUUUUAAUCCUGAUGGGUACUAAGGCUUUGUGAGAUCUAUCCCUUUUGUGGAUGGGGAUUUUGUGGAUGAUAGCAAGAGUGUUUGUGUGUGUGUGUGUGUGUGUGUGUGUGUGUGUGUGUGUGUGUGUGCUUGUGCUUAUAUAUGUGUGUGUGUCUGAGUGCAUGUGUGCAAUAGAUCGUUUUUGCUGCACAUGUGUAGAAAUGUAUGGCAGAGUAUGACUGUGCUUGUUCUUGAGUCGCUGUAGACUUUGAUGUCGAAAGUGGCAGAAAUAUGACUAACACAAGAGGUGCUUGGAAGCGCGGGGAAGCCUAGACAUGACUGCGUCAGACCGCGCCGGAGCCCAUCACGGGGCUGCUGGGUUGAGUGCAGCCCGUCCUCCGGGCAGGUGCGUUAACAGAUGGCACACAGUGUGUGACGCGCGUGUGUGUGUGUGUGUAAGUGUGUGCGUGUGUGAUGCCCUUCCCUUCGGGCACUGCCACUGAGCAUGUGGGCUUUUGUAUCGUGGCACAGCACAGCCACCUAGCCCAUGGGUACAGAAAGUGCCCCCUGCUGAUCUCCGCCUUGACGCAGUGCUGGCGAGAUCUGACCCCCUCCGGUCAGCGUGCGCUUGGGAUGCGUUUGAAAGAGGGAACUCUAAUGACCUAGUGCUGGGGUCCCUGGUGUGAGCUGACUGUGUCAGCUUCUUGCAGUAUUUCCCCAUUGCGACAUUCCAAGGCAAAUUACGUAUGGGAAAAUAAAAAACAAACAAACAUACAAACUAACAAAAAACACAAACAAGAUGUAACUUGUUAUGUUUCAUACCAAUGGCUGUCCCUCUCUUUGUCUGUCACAUCUCACUGUCAUUGGCUGACAAUUUGCACAACCUCUGUCCCUUUGUCCUAUUUCACCCCCCCCCCCAGCACCCCCACCCUAACCCCAGCCCCGAUCCUAAAGUUCAUUUCAAUUGCUGCACUUUUCAUGACGCAUGUGGCCUCCCUGUCCACGGGCUGGCGUCGGCUGCAUAACAGCAUCACAGGAUAGGGGAUCAAUACUUGAGAAGCACCCUGCAGAAAGAUCCAUCGAUCGGGACUCCCGAUUUAUGUAUGCGGACAGUACAGGGGUUGAUGGAUGGCGAGAACCGCUCCACUCGGAGACAAAACUAAAGAGCAGUCGGAGACCAGGGGCCCAGUAAGCCCCCUGACCCCUCCCCCCCACCUCUGUCUAAUGUUGAAUGUGGCAGGCAUUUAUGAAAUGUGCCGAAUUUGUUUUGUUUUUCUUUUGAGAAACCAUUCUGAUAUAUAUAUUUUUUCUUUGUCUUCUGUUUUGUCGUUUUAAUGAGGAAAAAAAUGAUAAAUGAAACAUUGGUUUGUUUUCAUAGCCACAACAGUGCAAGGAAAUGAGGUUGGAGAAGAAAAAAAAAUUGAAAAUUAUGUGUCAGUUGCUGUUGUAUGUUCCUGAUACCUUGUGUCAAUUAUAUACGUCAUUAAGAUUUUCAAGA